UUUUAAUCACAGAUCUUCAGCUUUUUUCCUUGAUAUGCAGCAAAAACAACAAUUGAAAUGUCCAAUAUUCUCACCGAAUAAAUGUUCUGUUUUCCACAGAUUUAUUACUUGGAGUCUGUGAAAUGAGAGAUUUCAGCCCAGUCCCCAGUGGACAAGCAUCCAGUCUCCAAAACGACGCCCUUAUGUUUGGAAUGACCUCAUCGUGCUGAGCACUUCAGGAUGCGGUUCCCCAUUAUGGUUUGUCCUGGGGUCAAAGUGAGAUCCGAGUGGGUUGAAGACCGUGAGUUGCCUUCAGCAUAUUGACUUGGGAAACCGAAAACCAGAGCCUGCUGGCAGGAAUCCUCUCCCUGGCCUGGAUGUGGCAGAGCUGAACAACUCGUGGCCAGCUUCUGUUUGUUAACCUUUCUCUCAUUAUCCUGGCUCAACUCCGGUUCAUUUUACCUUACCCUGCUUUCAGACUGGAAGUGCCCUCAAACCCUUGCAGUGAGAGAUUGUGGUGACAACAGGUUUCUUCCCUCCGGAGCUGAGAAGGUCUCCCGAAAUGUUGAAAUGAGUUGCUUGUAGUGGCCUACAGACACUGCAUUGUAAACCGGCACCCAACUGAACACGAGGCCUCCCCAGUGCUCGGCCAACAAAGGAAGUGUUUGGAAAGAUGCAGAGCUGUCUGCUGGCAUAACAGGAAGUUCUUGUUUUUAAACCUGGUGAAGUUUCAUAUGACGGCAAAACCAUUUCCUGCCUACUUUUUCACAGUCUCUCACAACUGAGAGUGAAAGGCUAUCAGCCGUCAAGUUUCUAGCCAAACGGGCAAGUGCCUGUGCAUCGCCAUGGCAACCAAACAGCCCCCACCACUGAUGAAGAAGCACAGCCAGACAGACCUGGUGAGCCGGCUGAAGACACGGAAGAUCUUGGGGGUUGGCGGAGAAGACGAUGAUGGGGAGGUUCAUAGGUCAAAGAUUAGUCAGGUCUUGGGAAAUGAAAUCAAGUUUGCUGUCCGGGAACCACUGGGACUCAGGCUCUGGCAGCUGGUUUCCGCCGUCAUGUUUUCGGGGGUCGCCAUCAUGGGUUUGGUGGAGGAAACUCGAGGCUUACGCUGGCCUGAGGAGUUGGGAGAUGAGGCCCCGGGGGCGUCGCAGCGGGCUCAGCUGCCUCCUGCUUUUGCAGCAGGGCAGAAGCCAGCUGUGGCUGGCUGA